UUCCUUUCCAUCUCUUUCCUCUCUGUUUUCUCAGUUUUUGAAAGUUUUUUUUCCACAUUUUUUUGAAGAAUAAAGUUUUGUGUACAUGCAGCAACUAUGCGCUACCACGGCCUAAGUUUUCAUGCACCAGCAAUAAUGAAAUGUUGCAUGGAAACUUCUCGUUCAUGCACAUUGGUAACUUUACUACCAUUGUUUUUGUUGGCAGUAAUAAAUAAUUGUGCAUCGAUAUCUUUUGCCGCCUCCGCUGCUGGUGGUUCUGGAAAUGGCGUUCAGUUGCAUGUACACGAUACACAAGUGGUGAUGGAUAAUGGGUUGGUGCAAGUAACUUUGUCUAGUCCUGCGGGAAUCAUCACUGGGAUACAAUAUAAUGGAAUUGAUAAUUUGCUCGAAGCUCUCAAUAAAGAAGAUAACAGAGGGUAUUGGGAUCUCUAUUUUACCCAUCCAGGAGGAAAAGGAAACCAAUUUGUGAUAAAAGCAACAAAUUUUAAAGUAAUAACACAAAAUGAAAACCAGGUUGAGAUUUCCUUCUCAAAAAAACGGGAUUCAACAAAUGGUCAAGACGUUCCUCUCAACAUUGACAAAAGAUUUGUAAUGCGUAAAGGACAAACAGGGUUCUACACAUAUGGAAUUUAUGAACAUGUCCAAGGAUGGCCAGCUUUCAAUCUUAAUGGAACUAGGGUUGCCUUCAAGCUUCGAAAAGACAAGUUUCAGUACAUGGCUGUAAGUAAAACAAGACAAAGAAAAAUGCCAAUGCCAGAAGAUCGCUUACCACCGAGAGGAAAAUUGCUGCAAUUCAAAGAAGCUGCUCUUCUCGUGGACCCUGUCGACCCUGCAAUGAAAGGCCAGGUGGAUGAUAAGUACAUGUACACAAGCAACUAUGAGGACAUAAAGGUUCAUGGAUGGGUUAGUUCGAACCCACUAGUGGGUUUUUGGCAAAUUACAGCCAGCGAUGAAUAUCGAUCAGCGGGUCCUCUCAAGCAGGACCUUACCUCUCACGUCGGUCCUACCUCUCUCACUGUGUUUCUUAGCUCGCACUAUAUUGGUCAGGAUGGAGUACCCAUAUUCCAAGAUGGGGAAGCAUGGAAGAAAGUUUAUGGUCCAGUUUUCAUCUAUCUUAAUACCGGUCCUGCUGGUACAAAAGAAAGUGCAUUAUAUGAUGAUGCCGAGAAACAACUUCAACAAGAAACUAAGAACUGGCCAUACAGUUUCCUAGGUUCCCCCGACUACCAGAAAGCGGAUCAAAGAGGUUCGGUUCAAGGAAAAUUACUUGUCAGAGACAGGGAAAUAAACAAGGUAGAUGUACCAGCUAAGGACGCUUAUGUCGGAUUAGCUUUACCAGGAGAAGUUGGGUCAUGGCAGAGGGAAUGCAAGGGGUACCAAUUUUGGACAAGAGCUGGUCCCGAUGGUUUAUUUACAAUUAAGAAUGUAGUGCCUGGCGACUAUAACGUAUAUGCAUGGGUUCCUGGUUUUAUUGGAGAUUACAAGUAUGAGAAACUCGUUACAGUUAAGGCAGGAGGAGUCGUUACAUUAGCUGAGGAUCUUGUGUUUGAACCUCCAAGAAAUGGCACUACAUUAUGGGAGAUAGGUAUCCCUGAUAGAACUGCUGGUGAGUUCUUCGUUCCAGCAGUUGAUCCACAAUAUGCCAAUCCACUAUACUUAAAGCAAGACACAUGGAGACAAUAUGGGUUAUGGAAACGUUAUGGUGAAAUUUAUCCCAAAAACGAUCUUGUUUAUACAAUUAAUUCUAGCGAUUACCGCAAGGAUUGGUUCUAUGCACACGUCACAAGGAAGGUAGGAACACAAUUCAAAUCUACAACAUGGCAGGUUAAAUUCAAGCUAGACGAUAUAGUCAAGACAGGGUCUUACAUAUUACGCGUAGCAAUUGCAUCCUCAACUGGUGCUGAAUUGCAGGUUCGUUUUAACGAUGCUACCACACUAACUCCUCACUUCGCAACUGGAAGCUUAUAUAAGGAUAACGCAAUUGCUAGACAUGGAAUUCAUGGUCUAUACUUGCUAUUUAACGUUCAAGCGAAAACUGAGUGGCUUAGAAAAGGAGACAAUACCAUUUACUUUACACAAGCUAGAAGUGGUGGUCCCUUCCAAGGUAUUAUGUAUGACUAUGUUCGUCUUGAAGGACCAACUGCUGCACCAAAGCCAGUUCCAGUACCAAAGCCACAACCAAAACCAAAGCCCGUACCUGUACCUGGACCAGAAACAGAUGCAGCACCAGAGCCCGCUGCUGGACCAGAGCCAGAAGAAGGACCCGAGCCGGCAGCAGGACCAGAGCCAGCAGAAGGACCAGAACAAGAACCAAAACCAGUGCCGGCAAGUCCAGAGGCAGAGCCAAAACCAGAAGCACCAACUAGUCCCGAUACAACUACACCAGCUAGCCCAGAACCUGAAAAGAAAAAUGCGGCAUCCCUAUCGUCAUAUUCAUGGACUGUUGCUGUUCUUGGUUUGGCCUUGUAUUUUGUCAACUAAUAGUUCAGUAACAUCGCUCUAACUUGUGCUUUGGUGAAUCGAAUAGUCCACUUGUCAAAUAUCCAUCAAACUUUGGCCUUCCUGCAACAUGAUAUUCAUUUUUUUCCUUGUAAUUUUUCUGAGAGAAGAUCGAUGGAUAUGUAAGUAAAAUGACCCAUAGUAUACGGCAUUGCUUUACUAUCACAUCGAUUUGUGGAAAUAGAAACACAUUAGAUAUAAACUCGGAUCCACAUAUUUCUAAGAGUCUGGUGUGAACUAAAGUUAGGUCGUCUUUGAUUAAAGUUUGUGUAAUCAUGUAAUACUCUGGCAAGAUAUCCAGUUAUCUUGAAAAA